CACAACAUAUGGCUCGUAACAUCAUCAUCAGCUUCCUCAAGCUCACGACUGUUCUCUCUCUUCUUCUCAUCCCUCUAGUUCUCACAGAAGACAUGGAUGAUGAAGAUGAUGAUAUAUACGUUCUUGAUCAUUUCCCUUCUUCUUCUUCUUCUUCUUCUUCUUCUUCACUUCAAACGGGAACGAGAAGUCGAUUCUUGACGAGAAUUAUAAAGAAAGGCAUGCAUUGUGAUGCCAUGAUGACUGGUUUCAACAUCUGCAAUGGCGUUUCUGCAAGCAAGGGAAGAGGAUUGCUUUUCUGCUGUAAGAAGCACUGCCGGAACGUUCUCGGCGACAAGAACAACUGCGGACGGUGCGGCCACAAGUGCCGGCAAGGUCAACGGUGCUGCGACGGAGCUUGUACGGAUGUUUUGUUCAAUGAGAAUCACUGUGGCAAGUGUGGCAGUAAGUGUUCGCCUGGUCUUCCAUGUGACAAAGGGUGUUAUGGUUAUGCUUGAAGUUGUAAGUAACCGAAUUGGAUAUGGGUUUGCUUUUUCGUGGGAUCAUUUAAAUUUUGAUCAUGCUCUAAA